CAUAUAUUCAUAAUCAAAAUUGAACAGCCAAGAGAAAGAAAAGAAGGGGGUCACAGUCAUCCAAUUAUUCUAACUGAGGCAAUCGUUUGAAUAAAAAAUGUGCAACAAUUGUACAAGUAAAGAAAGUCUUCCAACGGGUCAAUCUACAACAUUGAAUGUAACUAGAAUACAUCCAACACCCGCAAGUACAACACCUCCAAGUGCCUGGAGCACAAUUAAAAUACUUUUUACAGAAAAUCAGGAGAUAUUCAUCAAGACAGGGAUAGGAACAGGGGGCUUUCUAUUGGGAAUAUUCUUAAUGUUGAUUGUUUCCAAGUGUAAGAAAAAGAAAGACACAGAAAUAAGCAGCACUUCAAAUAAUGGAGUGAUUACCAAUGGGCGCACACAGGAAGAGAUGGACAGUCUACUGCAAAAGUAUAUUAGUGAUGCCAACACUAUGAAAAAACGAUGGCAGAGCACAACAUCCGAAGUUUAUACCCCGCAGAAGAAUACACCUUAUGCUGAAAACGAUAUACCCAUGGAAUCCAUGGGUUCUGUACAAAUCAGUCAUCAGGAAUCUACAGGUUACUACCCCCCACCGACUGAAGAAGUACCGCCAAGGGAAUACACCAACAGUGGUGUGGUUCAAAGUUACAGAGCUGAAGAAAACUUCGGAGUGCACGAAAGUACGGCGAGAGGUGAAAAUUAUUUUCUUCUACAGAAAGACUUUGUUGAAAUCAAUGGAAUGCCGAAUGAAGGUGUCCCACAAGGAUAUAGCGCAGAUAAUUACUUCCUUUUGGAAAGAGAUUUUGUUGAAGGUGCUGACUCUCAGAAUCAGGGCCAGAUUACCGCUAUUUAAUUUUGACUAACGGCAUCUUUGUGAUGCAUUGGGAUAAGACAAUUAUUUUUUUUUCAUAUUGAAUGGAAAAAAAACUUUCUUUCGUGUGUUGAAUACGUGAAACGAAGUGUUUUCACAUUAAAUUCGCAUUUAUGCAUUUGCAUCUUGUUAUUAUAAAAAUAUUAUCAUAAAAAAUGGG